AUGGCGAAAAAGAAAUCCAAGAAUAAAGCAACGCAGCCGGGGGACGCGAAGGUUGUUGCUACUUCCCAGACACCAAAAAACAAAACAAAAGUCGAUACUAAACCCAAAAAUAAUCCGAAGAAUAAAGCAGCGCAACCCCAGGAUGCUAAGAAGCCAAUAAACGAUCCCAAGAAUACAACGACACAGCAGCAGAAGGCUAAGAUUGUUACUGCUCCACAGAAGGUGAAAAUAGAAGCUGGAAACAAUAAGACGCCGCAAAAAGGGCCAAAGAAUACUGUGACAGCGAAGGAUGCUAAGGCUGCCAUCCCUCCCCUCCCCCAGAAGGCGAAAACAGAGACUGGGAAGCCCGAGAUCAAGAAAAAGUUAGAACAGGGGUCGACGAACACGGUAACGCUACCCCUGGAUGCUAAGGCUGCUACUACUACUGCUACUACUACUACUACUACUACGCAAAAGGUGAAAACAGAGGCUGAAAUCAAUAAGACACCGGGAAAGGCCCCAAAGAAUACCGCGACGCAACCCCAGCAUGACAAGGUUGCUGAUACUGUGCAGAAGGUGAAAGCGAAGACUGGGACUGAGACGAUGUCGAAAACAAACCCCAAGGAUACAAAAAGGCAGUUUCAGGAUGCUCAUUUUGCUACUGGUCUACGGGUGUUGGAGGAUGAAAUCCACAAGGACGUACGUGCCAGUCACGAAGGUAAAAGCAACAUGAGCGUAGAGGAGAUUAAACUUAGAUAUCUACGUUUGUAUCCUGGCCAGGAGAAGUAUAUCUGUGAUGUGUUGAAGCAGUAUAUUGCGCUCCUUGAAAAAAGUGGCCCUGUAUCAGGGUUGCCUCAAGCCAAGGGGGAAGGGAGGCAAGGCGGGGGACUUCAAAAUAAUACCCCCGAAGUCAAAGAAACGAAACAGCCCAACGCCAGUACUCUACAUUGCUACUCGACCUCCACGAGUUCGCCAGCACAAGCGACUAUUGGCCGCGUGGAGCCCGAUAAACUAGAUCAAGAACAAAAGGGAUCGUCCAUAUUACGGCAUUUUAUAAAAUAUUUUGCUAGUCCAAACAGCUCUAGCGGCAACCAAACCGUACCUCCUUCUUUACCCAAAGUUCCUACUCUAGAGCAGCAGAGGGCGUUUCUGAAUUUAAAUGAUAAGAGCCAAACAGCCGAUGGCCGGACAUCUCUUCGCCCACACGAGACAGUCUUGCUUUCUCCUGUUGCAGAGAGCCACGGUUUUACGUUGCCCCCUCAAUUUGCUCUUUUGGGUCAUCAGCUGUCAAAACAGUCCACGGCCCUAGACCCCAGGAUUCCGGUGACCGUUUUGGUGUCACCCUCUAACUUUUAUAACCUUGAGAACAUGUAUUCUCGCAUCCCUGGUAUCAAAGUUCUCCCAUUCCGACUACAGCCUAAGCAGUUGAAUAUCAGCUCAAUGCUCUCGCUUAUGUCUCUUGGGAAACGAGACAAUAUGCCCUUAUACAUGGUUCAAGUCACUCAGGUGUUGCGUGAGAUGGCAAUGAAUAGCAAACGACCAUUCGACUAUGUAGAUUUCCGUACGCGUCUAGACGCACUUCACCUAGACCGAUCUCAAACGACCUUUUUGGACCAAAGGUUCAACUUAUUGGAAUCUUUUCUCGACCUCACCGGUAAUACCAGUGAAAACUACUUCGUUGACCAAGGAGUCACCAUUCUGGAUUUAUCCUGCCCAUUUGUGGACCAGGGUACUGCCUGUACUCUAUUUCGCAUCGCUAUUGAUAUUUUUCUUCAUUCGUAUUCGUCACGAGGAAAGAUGAUUGUAGCGGAUGAAGCCCAUAAGUACAUGGUUGACACGCCGGCUGCGAAGGAGCUUACUGAUACUUUCCUAAAUAUCAUUCGCCAGCAACGGCACUUGGGCGCUCGGCUCAUCAUUUCAACACAGGAGCCAACAAUAUCUCCCCGCCUAAUCGACUUGUGCUCAAUGACAAUAAUCCACCGAUUUUCUAGCCCUGACUGGUAUGACGUUAUCCGGAAACAUGUCACCAUUAGCGAUAAGGAGAGUAGUAGCAGAUCUGCGAAUGACGGGGACAACGGGGACGGUCUCUAUCAGAUAUCUAGUCUUCGAACCGGUGAAGCUUUGGUUUUUGCACCUUCAGCAUUCCUUCUAGAUGGCAACAAGGCUCAAAUUGAUACCAAACAUAAAGUUUUCAAACUCGCAGUUAGAAAGCGUAUCACCUGGGACGGAGGUCAAUCGAUCCUUUGUGUCUAG